GACACGACAUAAAAUCUACGCUAAUGCGUUUUUCUCUUCCAAUGCAGGUAGAUCUCCGGGUUUUCAAGGUCUUCAAGGCGGGCAUCUUAUCUCCUGACUGAGCACAGAGCGUGACACUUAGUGGGUUCUUUGGUGUUCUUCCCAAGUUCCCGGAUUGAAGCGUUUCUGUCGCUCGGAAGGCCAAAUGGAAGCGGGAAAGGAUGUUAUUCGGCUGGAGCGUGAGCCAUUCAUCGUGACGAUGAAGCCCAAGCUGAUAAUUGGGCUAGCUGACAGUCUCGAGCAAAAGGCGGAUCAAGCUGAUUUUCUCCUCCUGUGCAAAAGAGUGGAGGCUUUCAUUCGUGCAUGGUACCAUGUCCAGUUUGAAGAGCUCAUGCAAUUGUACGCCUUGUUUGAUCCGGCAAAUGGUGGCAAGAAACUCGAAAAGCAGAACCUUUCUGCUGCUAGAGUCGACGAGCUGGAGCAGCGAUUCCUGGAUAUUUACGCCAUGCUCAUGGAGAAGAGCAACUUUAAAGUUCUGUCCGAUAACGAGUUCCGUGUUGCGACUUCGGGCCAUUAUCUUCUCAAUCUUCCCAUUGCUGUUGAUAAAAACAAACUGGAUUCGAAGCUCCUCGGCAAGUUUUUCGAAAAGAGAAAAGACUUGGAGAUGCCAACUUACACUAACCAGUAUGUGAUGUAUCGCCGAGGCAUUGGGCUUGAUAAAAGCACUGAUGCAUUUAUCAGCGCAAAGCUGGACGAAUUGAUUUCGAGAGCUUGGGAUUGGAUCCUGGGGCUUUUGAGGUUGCGGAAGCUGUUAGGACGUGAGCAGAACAGAGCACAGCCUGGUCCUGCCGAUGGCUCUUCUGCGUUAAGCAACACCGAACAUUAUGUGGAGAGAAUUCGCAUCCAAAACAUGAAAAUUACCUUUGGAAACUUUCUCAAGAAGACUACCAUCCAGGAGCCUACGUUUGAGCGACUUAUUUUGUUGUACAGACUGGCAACACCCCGGCAUGACACCAGUCCAUAUGGUAAUCGAGGAAUUUGCAUCAAGCAAUUUAAGCACGUCCCAAUGGCAGACGUUGAGCUCGUUCUCCCAGAGAAGAAGAACCCGAGCUUGACAGCAAUGGAUUGGGUGAAAUUUCUACUCUCAGCGAUCAUUGGCUUCGUUGCAUUUUCGGGUACACUAGAAGCACAUCCGUCUGAUAUAUGGGUGGCUUUAGCUAUCCUUGGUGGCUUUCUUAGUUACUGCGCUAAGAUCUAUUUCACGUUCCACGCUAACAUGAUGGAGUACCAGCGGCUUAUCACCAAUUCGAUGUACGACAAACAGCUCGAUAGUGGAAGAGGAACUUUGCUGCAUCUUUGCGACGAUGUGAUCCAGCAAGAGGUGAAGGAGGUGAUCCUUGCUUACUACGUGCUGAUGACGAAAGGCAAGCACACCAUUCAGACUCUGGACGAGCUUUGCGAGGAGGUGCUGCUGGAGGAGUUUGACGAGAAAUGCAACUUUGAAGUCGAGGAUGCCUUGAAAAAACUGGAGCGUUUGGGAAUCGUAUCCAAGGAUUCAUUGGGAAGGUAUGCGCCCCACCCUCUGAAAAGAGCAAACGAAAUUAUUGGGAUAACAACUGACGAAGUUGUCGCUAGAAUCUCGUCGGCGUGAGUUGUAUAUCGUGUCGUUUUUCCAUUCUUUUUUUUCCAAAGUUAAUGUAGCUUGUACGUAUUCCGAUA